AUGGAGCCCUGGCUGCAAGAGCAAGCGAACGCCGCGGGCGGUAGGCCCACUCCUCUUGAUGGGCGCGCUUCCUACCAUCACUGGACGGGAAUCUUCAACGGGCAGCUGUUUACGUACCAUCACCUGGCCGCUCUGUUCCCCGAGCGUUACGCUCCUCACUCGGGAGAGAGAUUCCCGUGGCACUGUCCUGUCGUCGGCUGCCACGCAGUCCAUCAGUUUGCUGUAGAACUGGCUGGUCAUUUCACCGUUGCUCAUCUUAGUGCCCGUCUCCUCGAUAACCGCAAUGGCACCUUUUCCAACCUGGGCCCACAAGAUGAUCCCCGUGGGUUCGCCUUCGUUGCUGCUCAAAGGCAGACACCACUUGGUUGGGCGGCACCAUUCCAGUUCGACCCGCCUUCGGAGACGAGCAGCGGCGCCGCCACGCCGGUGCCCGAAAACACUGACGACAACUUGAGUAACGGCGUGGCGGAGCCCAACAACGGCAGCGAGUCUGACCAGUGGCGCGAUUCGGGCAUCAGCAUGGCCGCGACCAGCGAAGACAGCGACGACGACGACGACGACUUACCUGCGCAGACGAUACAAAUCCCCACUGUCCUUCCCGCCGCCCAAGCCCCAGUCCCCUUCCCUAGCCUGCUUGUGCUCCGCACCAUCCACGACCACCAUCCCCGCCAGGAGCUGCCCGACCCCACCUCUCUCGAACUGGAGAUCUGGCCCUACAUCACGCGCUGGACUCUCUACCCUCUUCCCCUCCCCUCCCCUUCCACCCCCGCCCACCGCACCCUCCUCGCUCUCCUCUCCUUCCCCCGCAUCCGCACCUUGCCGGUCUCCUGGCAAGAGCGCUUGCGAGCCCGUACUCCCUCCCUCGGCACCCUCACAGCAAUCGCCCUCUACCUUGGCGGCAGAGCUGAGUUCGGCUCGCCCUGCCAGUCACACUGCGGGCAGCAUGGCGCCCUGGUGGAGAGGCUGUUUGCUGUUCAGAGGGAGGAAGCCUGGGAGAACGGGGUGGGACACUGGAAGUUCGAGAAGAAGUUUGCGUUUCCGAGGUGUGUGAAGGUGCCAGGGGCGUUGGAGGGGGAUCUGGAGGUGGAGGAGGUGUUGGGAGGAAGGCCGUGUUGUAACCAUUUCUUUAGAGAGUUGAGAGGUGCGUGGGAGACGAGCGAGCCGUUUCCGCCGAGGCCGCCGGCUGGUCUUGUUUGGAAUGGGCCGAUGUGGUAA